GUUAGUCGAGUCUAUGAAGUGUAAAUUGAAUAUGUCGCUAGAGCGAAAUGUGGGCAAUUUUCCAGUCUAUGAUUGUGUGGUGUUUGUAUAAUAGGUUACGUUGUGUCCUAAAAUGACGUUUAUAACUUGUAAAUAUUAUUUAUCUGACAUUAAAUAAUUUUUGUUGGUUAUUAGGGUUGGUUGACACGUAUGUUUAAUAUCUGUAAACUUGUAUAUAUAUUAUUUAUCAAGUGAUAUGAGGUUAUGAUAAAAAAAUUAAGUUAAGUUACAUCCUGUGUCCAAUGUUUACCAUAAUAUCACUUUUUGGAUCUCUUCGAGCCUGUGAAGAUUCAUUAUUGUAUCAGAUAUGACAUUAAGUGAUAUUAGCAAUCAGAGAAUAAAAUGAUUGGUACAGCCUGUAGUUUAGAAGAUGCUUGUCGGCAGGCUCAGGAUAUGAUUAAUCAGGUGUCCAAGUGUUGGAAAAAUGUUCAAGGACAAAAUUCUUUGAGCUUAACAUCUGAUAAACCAUCAGUUCAGAGGAAAGAGCAAAACCAUUCUAAACAUAGCAUUCAAUCUAAAUUAACUAGAUUAUAUUUUGAAGAACUUACUAAAGUUCCUCAUGCAACACCUGAUUCUGUGUUGAACAAUCUUGAAAAUGAGUGUGAUCUUUUGGGAAGAUUGGUGCAAAGAGAAAGUUUACAUACAUUAAUUGUUAAUCUCUAUGCUGGUAAUAAAGGAUACUCAUUAGCUGUAAGAAAUAGUGAUAAGGGAAAUCAAUAUGAUAAAAAUUCAAUAUUAGCUGAAACACAACUGAUGGGUUAUGAACAGGGUGAAUUGCUUUCGUGUAUAGAUAAUGGUCAGUUGCCUGCAAUGUUGGCAGAGCAACUGGAAACCAAUCAUUCUCAUUUAUUUUAUGAUGGCUGUAUAAUAGCUGAAGUUCGAGAUUAUCGAAAAACAUUUCCUCAAACUAAAGCUGAAGUUCAUCAUGUACUUCUUAAACCUACAACACAAAGUGUACUCUCGGACGUAUCAACCUUAACUAGUGAUGGAGACUGGAGCCAUGAAGAACGAUUAAUGUUAGAAUCACACUUAGUGGCGGCUACCCAAGGACCUUUAUGUCUGGAUCCAAAUCCUAUUCCUAGCUUAGCUACAACGAGACUACGGCAGUCUAAAUCUCUACUUACUGAUCAUCAACUUAUACGACAAGCCAAAAAAUUUUCUCAAGUUACAGUGAAUCGCAAAAGAAAAUUAGAACAAUUGGCACAGCCAGAAGGGCUAACAAUACAAGAUUUAAUGCAAAAAUUAAAAGCAAAAAGAGGAGUAGUUACAACCACUGCCUGUCCACCACCUUCUCUUACAAAUCCCCCUUUACUUCCACCAAAUACACCCAUCGAUGUUUUAAGAUUCGCAAAAGCAUACGAACGCCCGCGAGAAACAAAAGACUGUUUGCCACAGGUUAUAGAAGAAUAUAUAUUAGAAACUGGAGGAAGUCAAGGUGAAAUAGAUCACAUAAAGCUCUCAAUUCUGCAAAGACCUUCUAAUUCCGAGUACCUGGGAGAGCUUUAUAUGGAUAAGAAUCAUCGUGAAGGAGAGAAAAAUGGAUCUGCAUGCCGGUUUACAUUAGGUACGAGAGUUUUGGCGAACCAUUAUAUUCAGCAAUUCACAGAAAUAUUCACGGAAGAGGGUAGAAAAAAUGUUAGAAUAAAACAUGUUGUACCAGGGCAGGUCCCUCGUGUAACAUGUACACCUGGCAUGCAACGAGCACAUCAACAGGCGCAACAAGCGAAAGCAGCGCAAUUAGUUGCUCAGCAUUUACAGCAAGCUCAAUCUCAGCAUGUGGCACAGCAGAUUCUAUCAAGAGCUCAAGGUCAGUUAAAUACUUUAGCUGGACAAGUAGCUUCGAUAAAAACCAUAAGUGAAGCUACUAUUUCUGCACAAAAUAAUUUGACGUGUGUAGAUUCAGCAACUAUACCACAAGUUAUUGCCCAAACUGACGCUACGUCGUUAAGUCCAGGGCAAUCUUUGACUAAUGGCGGAUCAAAUGCUUCCACUUCUGUACAAAUUGACAAUUCUACAAUGUCAGUUACUGAUGGUAGUUCCUGUAACGGAUCUGGAAUUUUAGUUUUUCAACAAAAAGCUACCAACAACAUUAAUAAUGCUACAUCCACAAAUGUUCCAGUUUUGCAAGCUCAGUUGCAAGCAGGUACACAAAAUUGUGUUACGGAAACCGUUAAUCAGAACCAAAAUGAAAUACCAUUUAAAAAGCACUCUACCAAUCCAGCAAUAACUGCUCUUGUAACAUCUCUUAUGAAUUCUGCUCAACAAUUUCAACAACAAGCUGCAGCGAAUGCUGCUGCUGCUGCUAUGAAUAGUAAUACACAAACUCCAAAUAAAUCAAAUAAUGCUGCGAUUCUUAGUUUGUUAAAUAGUAGUCCUGCCAAUUUAACUCAGCAAAAGGUUCAACCGCGAAGGAUCUCAUUGAAUGCUUCCAUCCCAUCUAGAGUUUUUAGUCAUGGAAACGUUAUUAAUGUCCCUAAUACCACUGGACAGGUAAGGGUAAGUUUAAGUUCCACUUUAACGGGGCAAUUAGGUUGUAAACAACAACCAGUGAAAGCAACAGCUGUCAGAUUAGCUCGCGUGCAAGAUCCUACUUCGACGCUUGGGUUAUCGAUGCCAGGACUCUCAGCACUAUUAGCAGGGACACCGUCUGCGGAUAAUCCAAUACCAGGAAUCAAUUCUGGGUCUUCUUUAUUAGAACGAUUAACUGCUUCUUCCAGUCAAAAUAAUCAGUCUGCGGCUCCAAUGACUACCCCACCAUCUACUAAUGUAAACUUGCAGGGUGUAAAUCUUACUAGUCUAUCAAAUUCUAUCAACGGUCUCCAAAAUGUUCAGGUAUCAUUUCCCGGAUUAUCACAACCCAUUACAAUGUCACUAAAUGUAUCGGCAACGACAGGUUCUGUUACACCUACAGGAGUGAUUGUUUCUUUGCCUAUAUCUUCUGCAACCAAUACUUGCACUACAGUUUCUAGUAUGGUAGCUACUACAGUUGUUACAACAGCUAUUGCUGGAAGUACGCCGACGGUAGUAAUAGCUAAUCCUGCUAAUGCUCAUUUAUCAUUACCGAUUGCCCAGAUAAUACCUUCUGGAGUCAAAGGAUUAUCGCAACAAAAUAUACGUAGCAGCAAUUCUGUCACUCUUUCACAGGGUGGCCAAGCAAUUCAGCUUGUUGGAUCUCAAAGGCCAAGACUUAAUCAUAUGACUCGUCAAGUACAACCAAAUCAAGUUAAGUCAACUGUUUUACCAAAUCAGUUAGUAACUGUGGCUAAGACAGUUACAGCAAGUCAGUUAAUAUUAUCUGGUAACAAACAGGUGUUAACUCCUAUAAUGGCAGCAACGAAACCAGUGCUUAUGACAUCCCAGACAACACCUUCUUCCCAAGUAGUACCUGCAAAUAAACAAACUUUAUUGACAAAAUCAUUGCACGCUAGAGCUUCUACAGGACACUGCAGUCAACAAACUCAAAGUCUUGGAGUAGCAACAUUAUCGCAGCAACAAUUACAAAGAACUCUUGUUAAACCUGUCCAACUCCAACAGUUGCAGUGUUUAGCUGCACAACACAAAGUAGCUGUUGCAACCGGUAAUGCGCAAAAUAGAACUCAAAUUGAGUCUCAGAGAACUUCUACAUCUGCUCCUGGGGAAGAUCCAGCCUGAAUAUGUUCAAAUAAUUAAUAAUGUUUCACAAUACAUUUAAAUAAUUGAAGCCUGCCGAGAAGGGAUGUAAUGGGGUGUUUGUAUAUUAUGUUAAUGUGACAUUUAUUAAUUUUAAUCAUGCACGCGAAGAUAAUUGUAAAUUAUGAAAUUUCUAUUCGUGUUUAAUCGAUGUUUAUCAAUGAAAACAUAUUUUAUAAAACUCAACGUAGUUCAUAUUUUUGUGCCUAUGUGCAAUAAAUUAUUUCCAUGAAAAUGUAUUUUGCCUCAAAAUGUACUUGAUGGCGGUUUCAAUUAUUGUACAUAUA